CGGCGGGGGAGGGGCACGCAGGUGAGGCGGCCCCGCGGAGCGCGCGGGUUUUCGGCGGCAGCAUGUCCGGCAGGAAGGACUGGUCGGCGCUGUCCAGCCUGGCCCAGCAGUGGAGCCUGGAGGACCAGGAGGAGCAGCAACGCGAGCGCCGCCGACGCCACCGGAACCUCAGCUCCACCGGGGACGACGCCGAGGCGCCCCGGCUGGCCCAGAGUGCAGGGCAGCCGGCCCCGGCCAGGCUGCCGAGUGUCGAAGAAGCAGAGGGACCCAAGCCACCAUCCCCAGCCUCCAGAGAUGAGACCGAGGACGUCCAGGCCAUCCUCAGGACCCGGCAGGAGCGGAGACAGAGGCGGCAGCUGGUGGAAGUGUCAGAGGCCACCGUCCGGGAGCGGCUGGAGGCGGAGAAGGGAAGGGACAGCUCCGGCCCUGGGCAGGCCGGGCAGCAGACCCUCCCGCCCAAGAAGGAGGUGGGGGCGCCACCCCGCCGCAGACUGAGCCGGGAGCAGCGGGGCCCCUGGGCCCAGGAGGAGGUGGGCAGAGAGCCAGGAGGCGGGCAGAAGGGGGUGUCGGCGAAGUCCCCAGGCUCAGAGGAGAAGCCCUCUGCUCCAGAGGGGGCAGCUGCGCUGGAGAAGAGGCCGGGCUCUCAGGCAGCCUCCAUCACUGAGAGCACAGCACUGUCCCAGAAGGUGGACGUGGCAGAGGACAAGAAACCAAUUUUAGAAAAAACAGGCGUCUCCGAGAAGCUGCCGACCCAAGGGAAGACGUCAAGUUCAGAGAGGAGACUGGUGUCUGAGAGAACGUUGCUCUUUGAGAAGUCAUCGGCCUCAGAGGCAAAGGUGGUCCCAAAGAGGGCCUUGGGCUCGAAGCAGCCCCAGGCUCAGGAGGAGCCCCAGCCCGGGGAGAAGCCUCCGCCUCAGGAGCAGCCCCAGCCCAGGGAGAAGCCUCAGCCUCAGCCCAGGGAGCAGCCUCAGCCCCGGGAGAAGCUUCAGACCAGGGAGCAGCCCCAGGCACAGGAGAAGCCUCAGCCUCAGCCCCGGGAGAAGCCUCAGCCUCAGCCCAGGGAGCAGCCCCAGCCCAGGGAGCAGCCCCCGGCCCAGGAGCAGCCCCCGGCCCAGGAGCAGCCCGCGGCAGGGGCAGGCCAGAAAGCAGCCCCUCCCCCCGGGAAGAACCAGCGGUCCUCGGCAGAGCCAGGGACCUGCCAGCCUCCGCCCGCGGCUGCCAGCCUCCCGACCAUCACAGUCCAGGUGAAGAUUCCUAGAAAGGAGGGAGCGGAGGGCUCGUCCUCGGGCCCCAGGGCCACCUACAGCAGCUCCCUCCGGCGCUCCAGCCCCAGGACCAUCUCCUUCCGGAUGAGCCCCAGGAUAAACAGCUCCGAAGGAACCCUGACCCGCAGCGCCAGCGUGAGGCUCCCGGUCAAGCUGGGAGAGAAGCUGGAGAGAUACCAGUCAGCCAUCCAGAGAUCGGAGUCCAUCAAGUCUCUGGGUUCCUCCCGCACCGAGUUCUUCGUGGCUCCUGUGGGGGUCGCCAGCAAGCGCCACCUCUUUGAGAAGGAGCGGGCCAGCCCGGGCCGCGCGGAGCCAGCCUGCGGCCGCAAGGAGAACCUGAAGCUCUCUGGGGUUGUGACAUCAAGGCUCAAUCUGUGGAUCAGCCGGACCCAGGAGUCCAGAGACGAGGACCUCCAGGAGGCGCAGAACGAGUCCGAAGACGCCCAGAGGACCCAGGGCGGGAGGGAAGCAGACUCCUCCCCAGAUGCCAAGGCAUGA